AUGAACCAAGAAUCUAAAUUCCCCCCUCCAACAAUCCAUCAAACUGUUUAUGUCUCAGGAUGUGCCGUUUACAACCAAGCAAACUAUGGACCUGUAUACCUAUGCUCAGAAUCACAUUGUUUUGCUACUUCUGCUGCUCCUACUCCUGCUCCUUCUUCUUCUUCUUCUUUUUCUUCUUCUUCUUCAAAAAGUUCUAAAGAUUAUGAAAACAUGAAAAAUCCAACCCCAGCUAACCAACAAACCCCCAUUCACCCAGAUAUAAAUAAACAUACCCCCUCACAGACAACCCCUGAACAAGCAUUGAGUGUAUCUUCAGAACUUCGUCGUAAAGUAGUCAACUUUAACACAGACUCAGGGUCAAUUCAUCUUGUACCUAAUUCUAAAAAUUCAAGAAUCUCUAAAGCUAUUACGGGUCUUUCUACGUCUGUCAUUUCAUCCAGAUCAUCCUCCGUUUCAAAUGAUGAAGAAGAAGAACAUGAUGAUGAUGAUGAUGAUUUUACAGAAAUCUCAUCAAAUACCUUACAAGAAUCUUCAAUAUCCCACUCUGAAGAAAAUCUAUUAUUAUUAUAUACCAAACCAAAUAAUACUCCAAUCUCUACCCAUGACCGAACCACUAUGAACCAAUUUGUAAAAAAUGUAACCCCUAAAGCCCUCGAAGCUUUGGCAAUGUGCCACACCGUUGCAAUUAUAACUAAUUCAUCAUCCAAAAAUACAAACAAUGAUUCUACCCAAGACCCACGAGCUAGUCCCUUCCCAAUUUACGAUCUUGACGACCAUACUGACCCUGAACCGGAUUUGGCCCUAGACUGGCUCAAUUGCAACCUUUUCUCCAUAGAUGCUCCCAAACACUCUAUUCCUGCAGUCUCUUGUUUAACCCCAGAACAACGCCGUCGUGUAAUUUCAUUGAUUAAAGCUCGUAUUGUAGCCCCAAACAUUCUUGUCAAUAAUUCAUCUACACCGUCCUCAGCCAUUUUCCGCGGAGGUCAUGCCUUUGUCACCGAAACUAUCCGCUUCUUUGCUUCUUACUUGAAUCAAAUUCCUGGUCUUGAUACUGAUUAUGAAACCAUCUCUCCAUUUCUUUCUGUAAUCCAAGAAGACAAGCAAAGUUCCAUAUACGAAUAUUACACUGUCUUUCUGCGCGAUAGUUUAACUGCAGAUGAAGACAAUUUAUCCCAGAUAUCUCCAUCGUACCAUCAUCAAUGUGUGCGUGCAUGGAUUCUAGCAGAGCUCCGUUCAAGACUCGAGCUCCGAGCACGCCCUACAGAAGUAUUUCUGCGUGUAUGGCGCCAAAUGGCUCAUACAAACCGUGUCGCUCUUUCCACAGGUAUAUUCCCACGCAUCGCUCUCUAUUGGAAAUCAGACCCAGACCCUUCACGUAAUAAGUAUCGUCUGAGCAAGACACAGCAACGGGCAGAUUACAGGACUGCAUUUGAAUUGAUGGAAAAUGUCUUGGAGGUUUUUUAA